GCGAGUUGAGUUUGGGGUUUGGGAUUGGGUUGUGACUAGUGAGCAAAAACUAAUACCUAUAUCUUCUUCCUCAGCCUUCAAUUUUCACUCUCUCAAUUUCUCUCUGUCUCUCUACAGAGAGAGUUCUGUUUGGUUUUCUGACAUCAAAAUCCAUUAAUCCUUUCUGUUCUACUCUUCCAACCAAACAUGUCUCACGCGCUGUUACGGCCGGCGCAAAUCAUGCCCGUCAACUCCUAUGUCCCCAAAACCUCCACCCCGCCCAACUCCAUCCCCAAACUCGCUUCCUUCCGCCGCCGCCGCAUCUUCCUCGUCCGAUCCUCCUCCGCCGCCGCCGACGUCGACAGUGACUCCGCACUCGGUAACAACUCCUCCUCCUCCUCUUUCUUGGAGAAAUGCUUUGCAGCGCCGCCUGCACCUGUCGCUGCUUCCGUAGCUCCCCUCAUGAAGGGUAAAUACGGUGCGCUUGGUGCCGUUACGCUCGAGAAAUCCAAGCUUGAUAUGUCGCAAAAGCAAACCAAGUCUAGUCCUGAGCUAUCCACUGGGGGAGGUGGUGGAGGUAUUGGAAAGAUAAACAAACAUGGUGGUGGUGAUGGGGGUGAUGAUGAUGGUGAUGAUGAUGAUUACUUUGAUGAUUUUGAUGAUGGUGAUGAGGGAGGUGAUGAUGGAUUGUUUAGGAGGCGAAUAGUUCUUCAAGAGUUAUUUGACCGUAAAUUUGUGGAUGCUGUGUUGAAUGAAUGGCAAAGGACUGUGAUGGACUUGCCUGCUGGAAUGCGGCAAGCUUAUGAAAUGGGGUUGAUUAGCUCAGCUCAAAUGGUAAAAUUCCUUACAAUCAAUGCCAGGCCAACUGUCAGCAGGUUUGUUUCUAGAUCACUACCGCAAGGACUAUCCAGGGCUUUCAUUGGCAGGUUGCUUGCAGACCCUGCAUUCAUAUAUAGGUUUCUAUUAGAGGAGGCUGCUACUAUAGGUUGCUCAGUGUGGUGGGAGUUUAAAAAUCGGAAAGAUAGGAUAAAGCAAGAGUGGGAUCUUGCACUUAUCAAUGUGCUCACUGCAGCAGCAUGCAAUGCAGUAGUUGUUUGGUCCCUUGCUCCUUGUCGAUCAUAUGGAAACACGUUUCAGUUUGAUUUACAAAAUACAUUGCAAAAGCUUCCGAACAACAUAUUUGAAAAGAGCUAUCCUCUAAGGGAAUUUGACUUGCAAAAGAGAGUCCAAUGCUUUUUGUUCAAGGCUGCUGAGUUGUGCAUGGCUGGUUUAAGUGCUGGUGCAAUACAAGGUGGAUUAUCAAACUCUUUGGCUAAGAAAAAGGAGGGAAGGUUAUCUGUGUCAGUCCCAAGUGUGAGCAGCAAUGCACUUGGUUACGGUGCUUUUCUUGGAAUCUAUGCUAACUUGAGAUAUCAGCUACUAUGUGGAUUUGAUAGAGCAAUGGUUAGCCAUUUUGAUGUUAUUGGAGUCGCAUUGUUUUUCAGCACAGUUUCCAGGGUCAUGAAUGUUCAACUAGGAGAGACUUCCAAGCGUGCCUGGCUUGGAGUUGAGGCAGAUCCACUGGCUCAGUCAGAUGAUCUGUUGAAAGUUUACAACAGGACUUCUGAGAAUGUAGAAAACUCAUCCUCAAAAUGGUUUAUAUCAAAGAAUGCAGUUGUUUCUGGGCUUGGGCUCCUGGGAAUCAAGCAAGGGAAUGCAGAUGUGUCCGGUGCAGAAUCUCCAGCUCCUAAAGCUCGAAGAAAAAGGGUUGUGCGGAAGAAGGUUGCUGCAGGAACAGCAUAGAUUCCUCGGAUGUGAAUGUAGUCAUUGUCAAAUUUUGCUGUUUACUAGAGUUUGCUACUGCUGGAGUGCUCUUGGUGAUAUCACCACUUAAAUCUAGGGAAAGGGGAGGGGUAAUUACUAAUUAGUGAGAAGAUUUACAUCACGUCAACUACAGAUUGAGGAGGGUUUUUGUUCUUAAUUUUUUCUCAGAUUCUUGUAUGGAUCCCUUCGUGUUUUUACCAUCUGAAUCUGUACUAUAUUUGGAAUGUUUUAAAUAAAGUUGUCUUUAAUUGAAAUACGAAAACAUAGUUCAUA